AUGUCUUACAUGACUGCUGUGGCACUACUGGUUUUCCUGGUCAUACAUGAAGGAAACAGUGCGAUGGAUCAAGGUUCAAGGAUCCGAUGUCAGUGCAUCACCAAGGAGAAGAGGCGUAUUGGGCGUCUCAUAGGACUGGUGGAGGUGAACCCUCCAACGUCUCACUGCAAAGACACUGAGAUAAUUGCCACUCUGAAAAAGGAUGGGAAGAAGAUUUGUCUGGAUCCUGCAGCUCCGUGGAUCCAAAAAGUGCUAAAGAAAAAGUCUGGGCAGACACCUUAA